AUGGCUGAAAAGGAUCCCACAAUACGACUGAGGCGGGCGGUCAAGGAGAACAAUCUUUUCUUGGUCAAACGACUCGCAAAGAGGACAGACAUCCGCAAUCCCGACCCCACGCACAAACGCUUCACGUCGCUGGCAUGGGCAGCAGUGUUGGGACACGAAGAGACGUUCGAAUACCUUCUCAGCGCAAGUCACGAUGACAGAGAAGUCAGUCGGGUGAGCAUCCAACAGGACUCAGAAAACAACACGACCCUCAUUCUGCUCGCGGAUGCGCGUCCACCAGUCUCCGCCUCCGUCUCGACUGACCAUGAAUUCUAUGGCGCGACCUUGCGGAUGGCACGUCUGUACUAUGAACGUUACCCCGACACGCUAGACUGGGCAAAUUCAGAUGGUAAGACUGCGAUGCAUAUGGCUGCGAUGCGGGGGAACGAAGAGCUUGUUAGGAUGCUAUGUGAUUUUGGAGCCGACAUAGACCUUGCAGACAAUGAAGGGAACACUCCGCUGCACUACGCCAGUGCGUGGGGCCAUGUUUUGAUCGUACAAGCAUUGAUAGAACGUGGAUGCCAGUUCAAUAUGCGCAACAAUGACGGGUCCACACCUUCCGACUACGCUUAUUCGGUAGGCAUAAGGGAGGUGUUGCAAGAUACUGCCAGAGUACAAGUUGAAAACAACAGGAAGGCGAGGAAAGCGGCACAAGCUGCUGCGCGAGAAGCCGAGUGGCAGGGACAGGUGCCACCGCUUACUGCGGCAAGGCUGUCAAACGGCAGCAUCCCACGACAGUCAGAUGGUAGUAUUCGUAUGCGCAGUGGGUCUGGCACAAGUCGAACGACAACGACGUCAGACUCGGGAGAAUACGAUAGCCAUUCAACACCUGCUCGUUCACGACCCGUCCCCCCUGCAUUUUCAUCACUAUCACCGCAGCGGAAUGGGACGCCAUUACCUCCGCCGCCACACUCCCCUCCCCACCCAUCAGCAAGUUCCAUCGGCAGCAACAGCAUCCUCAGCAUUCCGUCUCCGACCCCCGCACUGCACGGCAAUCUUGCGCCGGCUUCAAUCACGACCACAGGCCUGUCGCCCAUCGCCAACCGUAUGCGAGAACGAGACAUGGAAGCGAUGGAGAAGUAUAAGUUGCGUAACCGAAGUGGCAGCGCCGCUACUGCGUCGACAGACGCAGCUUCUCAAAACGAUUCAGCAGUUUCGUCCGGCGGAAGGUCUAAAGACGAUGAUGCUACGUCGCUUCAAUCCUACAUGACUGUAGGAUCAGUCGCCCCACGCAGGCUUCUGCGACCGUCAGCAUCUGCUGCUCAACUACGCGGUACGCCACAACCGCUCACGUCGUCGAGCUCCUCUACUGCCUCUCGACAGCCAGAUACCCGGAAUCGGUCUGGCACCGACCCGGAUAUUCUCCACCAGCAAUCAUUUUCUCCUGGAAUAACUCCACCACCAAGGGUGGAAAAGACUCCUGCAUCUCCUGCGACACCCACACAAACAUCCACGCGACCUCCCCUCAUCAAGGCUAGCAACUCCCGCGACUCUACGAAGGACGCGGAGUUUUUUGGGCCGUCAAGCGAGUUCGCUAAAUUCCCACCACCGCCACCUGGGCCUGCUCUGGCGGAACGCAGCCACACCCCCACAUUGCUCUCGCGGCGGUUACCCUUCUUGCUCUCUUCUCACAAACACAACGAGAAAAGCGGCGAGGAUAAAGAAAAACAUCACCAUCACAUCUUCUCUCACAAGCGCAACUCCUCCGCAAAUUCAGUUGCUUCUCGGAUAACGUGA